GUUGCAUCCUGGGUAAUCGCAGCAGUGGCGCGACACUGGAGGGAGAUACGGCUGCUUCCUUAUUCAGACACUAAUCGGCGGAAGCGUUUUGCAUCGUUAAAAAAACAAACAGAGGAAGCCCCAGCCCCGGGAAACUAAAACGCCGUCUCUCCAAAGCCAGCUGGGGCUAUUGACCACCAAACACAGACUGAAAAGGAAAUAGGAAACCGAAUUAGCAUGGAAAAGCUGACUGCAGGAGCCGGAGGAGGCGGCUAUAGCGCAGAGCAGGGCUCAGCUGUUACCGGAGUCGCUAGGAAACCACCCAGACCACUCGGAGCAGGAUUGGGGUCAUCCAGGCAGCCCAGCGUGGAGGCUUUGGAGAGUCCCUCAGGAUCACAUGUGGAAUGGUGUAGACAGCUGAUAGCAGCCACUAUCUCCAGUCAGAUCGCUGGCCCUGUGACAUCCGAGGCCAUCUCCCGGGAUUACAAGGUUGGCUGGAGGCCUGAUCUGAGGGCACCCAAGAGGCCUCCUCUGACGGCACCCAAGAGGCCUCCUCUGGCGGACUGUCCGGAUGGACCCAUCAGCUAUCACUCAGACGCUGACCCUGAGCUCGCACCUCACACCUCGGCUCUGAGGGACGGGAACAGACUGGCACAAAUGGAAGAGGCGCCGCGCUUUCCUGGGGAGUCCAUUAAAGCCAUCGCUAAAGAUGUGAUGUAUAUCUGCCCUUUCACCGGAGCGGUUAGUGGGACACUGACUGUGACUGAUUACAAACUUUACUUCAAGAGCCUGGAACGGGAGCCACCGUUCAUCCUAGAGGUUAAUCUGGGAGUGAUCAGUCGACUGGAAACCAUAGGAGUCCAGAGCCAUGGGGAGAACUCAUGUGGGAUGGAGAUUGUGUGCAAGGAUAUGAGAAACCCACGCUUCGCUUACAAACAGGAAGAGCAGUGCAAACUGGAGAUCUUUGAAAACCUCACCAAACAUGCGUUUCCCGUUUCCAACAACCUACCCCUUUUUGCGUUCCUCUAUAAGGAGAAGUUUCCCGUUGACGGCUGGAAAGUGUACGACCCUGUAGCUGAGUAUAAAAGACAGGGUCUGCCGAAUGAGAGCUGGACAAUAAGUAAAGUGAACAGCAAUUAUGAAUUGUGUGACACCUACCCUGCUCUCCUGGUCAUCCCCACCAGCAUCAAGGACGAGGAUCUGAAGAGAGUGGUGGCGUUCCGAGCCAAGCAUCGCAUUCCUGUUUUAUCAUGGAUCCACCCGGAGAGCCAGGCUACCAUCACCCGCUGCAGCCAGCCCUUAGUGGGGCCCAGUGACAAACGCUGCAAAGAGGAUGAGAAGUACCUGCAGACCAUCAUGGACGCCAACGCCCAGUCUCACAAACUCACCAUCUUCGAUGCCAGGCAGAACAGCGUUGCGGACACAAACAAGGCUAAAGAGGGUGGGUAUGAGAGUGAGAGUUUCUACACCAAUGCUGAGCUGACCUUUUUAGAAAUCCCCAACAUCCACGUCAUGAGAGAGUCCCUUCGCAAGCUAAAGGAAAUCACUUACCCUGUCAUCGACGAGGCCAAGUGGCUCUCCAACGUGGAUUCAACCCACUGGCUGGAGUACAUACGGUUGCUUCUGACGGGCGCUGUGCGCAUCGCAGAUAAGAUGGAGUCAGGGAAGACCUCGGUGGUGGUGCACUGCAGCGAUGGCUGGGACCGCACGGCACAGCUCACCUCCCUGGCCAUGCUCAUGCUGGACAGCUACUACAGGACCAUCAAAGGCUUUGAGGUGCUCAUUGAGAAGGAGUGGAUCAGCUUUGGACACAGAUUUGCAGUGCGUAUCGGCCAUGGAGAUGUGAACCACACGAAUUCUGAGAGAUCCCCUCUCUUCGUGCAGUUCAUAGACUGUGUCUGGCAGAUGAUGAGGCAGUUUCCGGCUGCGUUUGAAUUCAACGAGCUGUUCCUCAUCACUAUCCUGGACCACCUGUACAGCUGCCUCUUUGGAACAUUUCUGUGUAACUCUGAACAGGAGAGAGUGAAGGCGGAGCUGCACACUAAGACUGUGUCCCUGUGGUCCUACAUUAACAGCCAGCCAGAGGAGUUCACCAACCCCUUCUAUGUGAACUAUGAGAACCACGUUCUGUACCCCGUGGCCAGCCUGAGGCAUCUUGAGCUGUGGGUUGAUUACUACGUGCGCUGGAAUCCACGCAUGAGACCACAGAUGCCAGUUCACCAGAACCUGAAGGAGCUGCUGGUGAUCCGCUCGGAGCUGCAGAAGAAGGUGGACGAGCUGCAUAGAGAGGCCAGCACCCGCUCCCUGUCGUCCUCCUCCGACCGGUGCUCGUCCCCCUCCCACUCUGCCACCCCUGUCCACACCAACGUGUGACAGGCAGGGACACACCGAGGCACCUCCGCCACUGUGCCAAUAGCAUCACAGAACAACACUAUGCACAGAAGAGGGACUAACAAAGUCAUGUCGGGUUCAGAGAGAUUCAGCUCAUGAAAUAUUUAAAGAAUGUGUUUUUUUAUUAUUAUUAUUCAUGAAACUGCUGUGAAAGAAACCAGCAGUGUUCGUUUAUUCCUAGAAGCAGAUUUUAAAAAUAACAUCCUUCAGUGAGGAUAUUUGAAGUGGGCGAUAUAUGUAAAAUGUAUAUUGUAUCUAAAUCAUCAUUCAGCUUGUGCCCGGGUGUUGUGAACCUGUCAUGCUUAUUUCUAUUUUGUUACAGGAUAUAAGAAGUCAGUCUUGAAAAUAAGGAUAAAAACAGAUAAAAGUAACUAACAGUCAUUUCUUUAAAAUACAGGCCAGCUGGCAUUGUGUGAGUAAAGCUCUUGCAAUUGAGUGCAUUGACUUUAAUUGUCCUGGACUGAAUAAACACGGCACACUAUUCAGUCUAGGUCACUGCUGUUGAUGUACACAUGUUAAAAAAUGCUCUACUCUCUUAAUGUAUUUAUCUGAAAAAAACGGAUGAGUUCAGUUUAUCCACAUGCUGCCACUUUUUAAAUCAUGGAAAUAGUGUCCUCCCUGGCCUUUUACACAAGACUAUGGGACUCAAAGGGCACUGUUCUUUUGAUCUAAUGGUAAAGGGUAAAUAUAUGCAGCUGUCUAGAUCACUUGAGCAGGUGAUCUACCUUCUUUGAUGUGCUUUUACAGUAUCCUCUCCCACACGUGCACACAGCCAUUCUUUCUAUCAUCUGAAGUCAUGCAUGAAGGGAUUUGAAACACACACACACAACACACAAUGAAUCGAAAUAUUCAAUUUUUUUUUUUUCUGCACAAGUACCAGAUCUUGUUGGCUUGUCAUAUUGCACUUUGUUCAGAAGAGUCUUUCAUUAAGAACACAUAAUGGUAUUCCCAGAACUUGUUGCAUAAUAAUAAUAAUAAUAAUAAUAAUAAUAAUAAUAAUAAAAUUGUAACGGUCAUUGGCCUGUAGGUUUAAAUAGUGUUUACAAAAAUAGACAUGGACAACAGAACUACAGGAAGUGUCCAGGUCUGAGUUGAGCCCUUGAUUUUGAAGUGAAGGGCAGGUUAACGAACCUGUAUUAUAUCGGUAUUUUUAAAGCACAGUAGCAGCACCAGAUUAUGUAGUGAACGCAAAUGGAAAUGUAGCUGUUCUAGUGGAAUGUAUAGGGGUGUUAUGGCUAUUGUUAUAAAUGUAUGUGUUUGUGAAUCAAGUACAAAUGUUAUAUGUAGUCAAUCAAGCACGUUGUAAUGUGUAAUUGUUCUGUCAAUGGAACCUGUUGGCCAAUAGGAACAAGUUCUUUUUUUAAAAUUCUAUAUAUGUUCAUUUUUAUAUAUUUAGUUAACUGUUAUAUUGCACCUAAUGUGUUACGUACAAUGUGUUUUUUCUGUGCGUACUGAUGUUUCUAAUGUGUGUCUUUUCCCAAGAAAAAGAUGUGCCAUAUCUUUAAGAAAAUCUUUAAGAAAGUAUUAUAAAAACUUAAGUAAAAAUAUAUUCCUUGAUACUUUUAAACAUGUUCUUUGUGUGUGAUUUGAAUUUGUUUUGUUUUUUAAUAUUGAACAGCUUCGCUCAGAGGGUGAAAUGUACAGGCAGACUGUAUGGAUAUCAUUGGGGUUUGGUUUAUUUAUCAGAUGCAUAUAGCAGUGUGGGUCCUGUAUGUUACUAAACCACCAAGUGUCUGUCUUUUUAUUAUUUCUACAUUAAGGAUGUAUUAAAAGUGUGUGCGUGUGCUGAAUCAAGUACUGCAAACCUGUUCUGUUGUUCUACAGCAAUUCUCAAAUAUAUUCACGUUAACACUUGAGCUGCAGUCGGAUCUGCCCAGUUGACAGCGAGGCUAGUAGAAUUGUUCAGUCCUGUAGGCUUUAGUGUAUUGACAAGCCAGUCUGACAGUUAUCAUGAUGUUCUGUGCUCUUUGAUUUGUGUUUGCUGGAAAUUGUAUAACUGUCUGUCCCCUGUAGCUGUAAUGGAGUGUAAUGCUGAUCGCAGAGUGGCGAAUGUAGUGCACAGGGUUGAGCUAGUCCAUUACAGUCCAGCUGGGACUCCUUUGCCUUCUUUCUCCCAGACAGUGCAUUUCAACACAAGUCAGAAUCAGACCCUGCAGCGCAGUGCUGUGUCCUGGGCAAGACUGUGUAUCUGCACUCUGCAGGUUAUGGGUAUUGGACCACCAUAAAUACAGCUGCUUCGCACAUACAGUAGGUAAAAGAAACGUGAUAAAUUCAACAGCAAACGUUUCGACUAGAAAUGGUGAUUGUUAGAGGCCACUAGUGGAAAUGUGUGACUUUAUUAAGUUUCUUUCAGUAUUUCUAAAUUCAGCGCUAUUGGGUGUUUACAGUUGAUACAUGUUGGUCUUGCAUGCUCUGCAGCUCUGAUAAAUAAACAGCUGACCCUAACUUAACCAAAGGAAAGUGGCCAAAUAUAGUGGUAUGUGUGUGAAGGAACACUUGCAGUACAAAAUACAGUAGAUCCUAACUAAUCAAAGCCCAUUGGAAGUGGACCAUGUUUAGAAUAGUGACUAGUUUGGAGUUCUGAUAUUAAUCUGUACCAUGCUAAAAGAAUACCUGGUAUAUAUUUUUUUGUUUUAGAUUUCUGAU